AAUUUUUUCUAUUGUCGCUGCUGCGCCUCCGUCCUCUGUGCGUUGCACUCCUCCCCCCCUCACCUUUGCUGUCGAGUGGAGUUGCAGCAGGCGCUGGCCCCGGCCUUGCCUGUUUGGCACUCAUGCCUUCUCACGGGACAUGAUGAGGCUCGGCCGCUCCUAGGGCUAAGUUCUCCUCGUCCCACUCAUUUUUGAUGAAUACGUUCGAGUCCCCCAUUCGCAGCGUCGUGCGGCUGUGACAGCAAGUGGAAAAUUACACAAAAAAAAAUUAAAAAAAAUAUAUACUGCACCACUGCUAGAGCCUUACCUUCGCCGCUCAAGGCGCGCCGCCGUCUCCUUCAUUCGGAGCCGCAGCCUUUUUUUUGUGGUGGUGUGCGUGGAGUCGCAAAGAUUCCGACUGGGAGGAGAGGAGGGGGGAGAGAAAGUUGUAGAGAAGAGAGAGAAGACGCGGUGCGAUCAUUUUUGCCACCAUUUUUGCUCUUAGACCUCUGUCCGUCAGGGUCUAAAACUAUAUAAACAUAGAAGCCUCGUAACAUAGAAUUCAGGAACUUUGAUACCCGGGCGAGUAACAUAUUUUUUUACCUUCUUGCCUGCGAUAACCUUCGAAGGGUCCUCGGCAGUUUUGCACCUAAGUUCCUGGCCGCCCUGCUUAAUCCGGAACCAGAUCCUUGUGUCAGUAGCAAUCAUGGCUCAGACUCCAGUUCAAGUUCAGCAGCAGGCUGCGCAGGCAUCCGCCGGGGCCCCUCCGCCGGCUCAGUUUGUCUCAACUUCUCUUUACGUUGGUGACUUGGAGCCUAAUGUGUCUGAAGCUCAGUUAUACGAGUUGUUCACUCAGGUUGGGCAAGUUGUAUCGAUCCGGGUCUGCCGUGAUCUCAUCACUAGGCGCUCUUUGGGGUAUGCCUACGUCAACUACAACAGCGCUCAAGAUGCUACUCGUGCCUUGGAGCUUCUCAACUUUUCAGUUCUGAACGGGAAUCCAAUUCGUAUCAUGUUUUCUCAUAGGGAUCCCAGUAUUCGCAAAAGCGGUACAGCAAAUAUUUUCAUAAAGAAUUUGGACAAGACCAUUGACAACAAGGCACUUCAUGAUACGUUCUCUGCGUUUGGUGGCAUCCUGUCAUGCAAGGUGGCCGUUGAUGGUUCUGGUCAGUCAAAAGGCUACGGGUUCGUUCAGUUCGAGCAAGAAGAAUCAGCUCUGACGGCUAUUGAGAAAGUUAACGGAAUGCUGUUGAACGACAAGCAAGUUUUCGUCGGCCCUUUUGUACGCCGUCAGGAAAGGGAUCAAUCAGGUGGAGUUUCCAAGUUUAACAAUGUUUACGUGAAAAACCUUGGAGAGAAUACAACUGAAGAUGAUCUCAAGAACGUAUUUGGUGCCUAUGGUACAAUCAGUAGCGCUGUGGUGAUGAGGGAUAGUGAUGGCAAGUCGAAGUGCUUUGGAUUUGUUAACUUCGAGCAUCCCGACAAUGCUGCUAAGGCUGUUGAGGCCUUAAAUGGUAAAAAGAGGGAUGAGAAAGAGUGGUAUGUCGGAAGGGCACAGAAGAAGUCAGAGCGGGAAGCUGAGCUUCGGGCGAAAUUUGAGCAGGAACGCAAAGAAAGGAUUGAAAAGUACCAAGGAGUAAAUCUUUACCUAAAGAAUUUAGAUGAUACUGUUGAUGAUGAGAAGUUGAGGGAGCUCUUCGCUGAUUAUGGAACUAUUACAUCCUGCAAGGUGAUGAGAGAUCCCCAGGGCCAGAGCAGAGGAUCUGGAUUUGUCGCGUUUUCCUCACCUGAGGAGGCAACACGAGCGGUAACCGAAAUGAAUGGCAAGAUGGUGGGAAGCAAGCCUCUUUAUGUAGCCUUGGCACAGCGUAAAGAGGAGAGGAGGGCAAGGUUGCAAGCAGCUUUCGCACAGAUGCGAACUUCUGUCAGUCCUGCCGUUCCAACGAGUCUUCCAAUGUAUCAUCCUGGUCCAGGCAUGAGUCCUCAGAUGCCUUACUACGGACAACAUCCUUCUGGACCUAUUCCUCUUCAGCCUGCUGCAUUUGGCUAUCAGCCACAAAUCAUUAGACCUGGUGGAGCCCAGUUUCCAAACUACAUCGGGUACGCGAAUGUUCCACUGAGACAAGGACAACAAGGACAGCGCGCUGGAGGUAGACGUGGUGGGGCACCGCAGCAGCAACAGCAACAGCUACAGCAGCAGAUGAUCCAACGAGGUGGAAAUCGGAACCUCCGCUAUACUCCCAAUGCAAGAAACAUGCCGGAUACUGCUGUCCCUCCUCAGGGCAUCAUGGGUGCUAUGGUCCCUGUGCCUUUGGAAAUAGGAGGUCUGCCAGUUGCAAAUGUCGAUUCUGGUGUACCUCAGCAGCCACUUCCAAUCAGUGCGCUGGCUUCGGCCUUGGCUUCUGCUCCACCUGAACAACAGCGAGCCAUGCUUGGUGAACAGCUUUAUCCACUAGUAGACCAGCUGGAGCAUGAUUAUGCUGGCAAGGUGACGGGUAUGCUUCUGGAGAUGGAUCAAACUGAAGUUCUACACUUAAUUGAAUCUCCUGAAGCCUUGAGGGCCAAGGUUGCUGAAGCUAUGGACGUCUUGCGCAUGGCUCAAGCGGCUCCGGUUGCUCCAACCGACGAGCUCGGGAACCUCUCCAUAAGCAAUGCGGCAUGAAUUGAUCACACGUAGAACUCUGACUGCAUCGGUAUUCCGGGCAGUGGGAUUUCAUUAGUGUGGAGCUUUUGUGUUUACUGCUACUUGGACAAGCAGUUGGAAAGGUGUUCCAACUGACGUCCAACAGUGAAAGGUGCUUCGUAGUAGGCUCCUACACUGAGUCGUGUUUUGGCUCUACAGAAGACCGGAUUGGUCAACCACCUAUCCAGAGAGCAGGACAUGAUUUCUAGUCCGAGCUUUCUUUUUUGCGUUCAGAAGUUAGGUGCUGUAUGGUACGGUGUACUAGCUUACUACUACAUUGUGGUUGGCAUCAUGCCUAGAUUGCCGCACUUUUUCAGAAGUAUUGUGUGCAUUUUGCCAGUGUUUCUGAAGAUUAAUUUGCAAUCAUAAGGGUUUGUUCUUGCUGUUGUUCUUGUUGGGCACUUUUAUAAGUGUUGAAAAAACUGGUGUCCUUUUUACUUCAUUUAAAUCUUUUAAGGAGCAAGUUGAGUA